AUGUCUGGUCAAACAAAGCCGAACAAUGCCUGUUGCAAGAUUACCUACGAUGUGCUCAAUAGCAUACCUCGGCCUGAGCUGCUUAGAAAGAAGCUCGAGAGGUUGUACAAGGAACAGAUCCAACCAGACCUUCCAGAAUUCUGCAAUAUCUUGAAUACGGCUAGCCAGCACACCACUCUGCGAGGUCUGGUCAUUAUACUAGAUGCUCUUGAUGAAUCUGAUUCGGGUACCAGAGAUAUUUUCCAUGCACACCUAAGCAGUUUCUACUCGAGGUACCCUAAUUCUAAAGUCAAAUUCUUGCUGACUACACGCCCAAUCAAAAGGAUAACCGACAAAUUCAGUGAAAAGGCACUCCUUAAUCUGGACGAAGAUGAGAAAUGCCGUGAAUUUCUGCAGAGAGACAUUGCUAAAGUCACCCAUGGACAGCUGGAGAAAUUUGCCCAGGACAACGAUAUAGGUGACGAGGAGACCUUUUCGUCUCUUUAUAGAAUACUACAGAAAUAUGAUGAUCCGACAUACCUCUUCGUCGACCUGCUUUUCAAGUAUCUAGCAGAUCCACCCUUGACCGGCACCUGGAUCCAAACGUUCAAGACCCUGCCCGCCAAUGUGACGGAUGCUUAUCGAGUCUUCCUCGACCAAGUCAAACCCGCCAAACGUCACCUAGUAAAGCUCAUAAUCCAGAUCCUGCUAGCGGCCACAAGACCACUCACGGUCAAGGAAAUGAAGAUCGCAGUCAAGCUCCAACUAGAAUUCACCAAAGACUGCGAAUUUAAGGAAGGCAUUGACUUGCGCUCUGACGAGGUCUUCAGCUCAGAAAUUAGUCAGGCCUGUGACUUUUUCUUUACUUUCAUUGGGGGCAGACCUUACUUCAUUCACCAGACAGUCAAGGACUACUUUCUUUCUCCAGAACAGAAACCUGAAUGGUUGCAGGACAUUACCAUCCAGAAAUGCCACCAAGCUCUUACUGAAAUUUGCCUUCGAUAUCUGUCUCUGCAUCUCGUUGAGAACGCUGGGCUUUGGAGUGUUGAAAAGUUCACAGCCAGUAAUUGGUUUUCGCAGACAUAUUAUCAGCAAUGGUGCCAGCAGACGUUUGCCUUUGGCCAGAAGCAGAUGAACUUGGGCCUUGCAAUAUUUUGCUGCUCUGCCUUGCCAUCAAACGUUCAAGUCAGAGAGUUACUUAGCAUUCUGCCAGCCGAUUACCCAGGAAGGACCGGCAUGAUGAGCGCGCUCAACGAGAGCUUUGUGGAGAGCUUUCUCUGGGCUGGGGACUACUCUCAACUGCUGUUUGGAAUUGAAUUAGCAAGAGCGGUGUUAGAGAAGACACCUGAGGAUGAUCCAAAACGAUCCAAGAGGCUUGCAGUGCUGAGUGAAGGUCUGCAGCAGAAGCUUCUGAGAGAUCAAGAAGCCAGUACCCUUACAAGCGCGCUGUAUUACGCCCAAGAAGCCGUGGAAAAGGCACCUAAUGGCCAUCCAGACCGUGCGACUACGUUGCUUUCUUACACAAAAACACACCUAUUGCUCUUUGAGAGCGAACAGAAUGAAGAUUAUCUUCACAAUGGGAAAGAAGCCAUAUACGAGGCUCUCGAACUGACUGGCCGUAAUACUAUGGGUGGUGUUGGUGGCUUACUUGCCUUGUCACAUCUUAUCAAUGCGCGAGCCCGCGACAAUGAUUCGACGGAAGACUUGGACGAAGCUAUAAGCGCUGGUGACGAAGCUUUGAGGGUACUGCCUGAGAAUCACCCAUACAAGGGAAAGGCGUUGAAUCUCCUGGCGGUGAGUUUCAGUGCCAGAUAUCAUGGCAGUGAACCCCAGGAGGAUUUAGAGGCAUCUUCGAAACCUAUCGACAGGCCGUGGGAGCUAUGCCACCUGGCUCCCCAAUAA